AUGGGAAGGAGUACGCCUAGUGCUACACACCCAUCAAUGAGUCAUGGAGGAGAGAUGGGAGUAGUUGCAUUGAGGUUGAACUCGAAAGAGAACACUAAUGGGGCUUCUCAGGUAAAGGAUGGUUUUACAAUGGUGAGAUCGGCUUGUCGAAGGGCAAAGACACACAGAAAUAAGGUGGUGUUCUCAGCAAGAGGAUCGGGAGGAGGUGUAGAAAAGCAUAGUCGAGUGUUGACGAAGAAUACAAACUAUGAGAAGAUAGAGACAUCGAACAGCUUUGGAAGUUUGGAGGAGGAUAGCAUGCCUUCGGACAUACAGGAGAAUACGAUGGAAACGGGAGAGAAUAAGGAGAAUGAAUCCAUUCACACUCAGGGAGGGAAGAGGAAUGUGUAUGGUAAGGGGAGGCAGGUUGUGAGCUUUAUGGAGAAGAGAAAUUUUGGAAUUAGAGAUGGAUCGAGAGGUAAGAGAAAUGGGGGUAGUAAGGCCUUGGAGAGUAAUGGGCCUCGGACAAAACUAGCACACCAGACCCAACCCACACGUGGGUUGGUAUUUGGCCCAUCUAAAGAAGGAUCAGAAAUGUCGAGUAAUGGAAAUAGGCUGCGGGUGGAGAAGGAGAGUUUCGGUCGAUCUGGAGGCUCUUUUGUGGAUCAUGAUGAUGGUAUGCUUGAUGAUGCUCGGAUCGUGCAGGGUCGGUCUGAAACAGGAGGGGAUAGUCAGAUGGGACAAGGUAGUAUUGUCCGAAAUGGGUAUGUGGAAGCCCAGUCUCAUCCGCCGGAGGAAGACGCGGAGAUGGUGCGAUUGGUGGAGAGCCCUCAAUAG